AUGUCAAUGUUGAUACCAAAUUCCAGGGCAAAACUAAAAAUGGACGAUAAUUUGGCGGAUUAUCGGCGGUUUUGCGCUAAUCGUUUGAAGCGUUUGGAACGCUGCAAAAAGACGAAAAGUUUUUGUAAUUUGGACGACGAAGUACCUUACCCAUUUGGCAGCACCGGUUCUGAUCUUAUACUAAUGGGGACGGAAAAAUUUGCAUCUCACGAUGGUAGUAUAACGUUUUCUAGGUGCUCUGAAAAUGCUGUCUUCUCUUCUAUCAGGUCAGAGGCAGUCCCUUUUUGUUCAGGAACCAACAUAUUUUGUUACGGAUCAAAGACUCCUCCAAUAACAGAUACCCCUCGUUCUGGUUCUGCGGGAGUUUUUUCUCUGAAUGUUCUUCCCUCCAUAUCUGAAGCAAAUCCAGCAAAAUCUUCACCGACCGCUAACUCAUGGCUCGACAACAGCGGGAAAUACACAUCAGUAACAUCUAACUUUGGGGAAACUGAUAACAGAGGUAACAACAGUCGUCAUUUGCCUCCAUCCUCGUGCUGGUCAUCAUAUUCCUCUUUGACUACUGCCUUAUCAACUGUAUCAUCACAAUCCUCAAUGUUAUCAGCAAAGAAGCCCGAAUUAGUAAAAAGAACCACAAUGACAUGUGUUAAUAACGAUGAUGAUUGUAAUCAAAAAGCACAAAGGAAUUUCGACCUUCUGCGCGAAAAAAUGGUGAAAUUUGCUGUGUUUCAUGAUUUUGAGCAUAUUUUGAAUUUUUCCAUUAUUAUUAACAGGAAUAAGAAUUUAACAAAGGUAUCAGUUAAGAUUUAUGAACGUUUUUUUUCUUUACUAAUUUUGCUGAGAAGCAAUGCUAAAGAAUAA